CAGCCUGGCAGCCUCAGUUAUCCGCGUUCUAUUCGUGUCCUUUGGUAUUCCCUUCUCUCUCUAACAGUCUCUUUCUCUCUCUAGAAUUCAAAUUUUCACCGGAAAACGGAAGAAAUCAACGUCUGCGAAAUGGGUGGCUGCGUCUCUGUGGGUCGGAGCGAGUGCGAAUCUUCGCCGACGGCGAAGAUCGUGACGGUUAACGGCGAUCUCCGGGAAUACAAUGUUCCAGUGUUAGCGUCGCAGGUCCUGGAAGCCGAAUCGGCUGCUUCGUCUUCCUCUAGAUCUACCUCCUAUUUCAUAUGUAACUCCGAUUCUCUCUACUACGACGAUUUCAUCCCAGCUAUAGGAUCGGAUGAGCAGCUUCAGGCGGAUCAGAUCUACUUCGUCCUCCCGAUUUCCAAGCGUCAGAACCGCCUCACAGCGCCGGACAUGGCGGCUCUCGCCGUGAAAGCCAGCGUCGCGAUUAAGAACGCCGCCGGGAAGGAAUCCCGCCGCCGCAAGAAGGGGCGGAUCUCACCGGUUGUGGUUCUGAGUCAGCCGAGCGAUACGAAAGGGAGCACCGGAGAAUCGACGGUUUACAAGGGGAUUCCGGCGAAGAAAACCGCCCCUACGAAGGUUUCCGGCGGUUUCUCGAGAUCUGGUUCAGUACGGAAAUUACAGAGAUACACGUCUCGGCGAGCGAAGCUCGCGGUUCGUUCGUUUCGGCUGAGACUUUCAACCAUUUACGAAGGCUCUAUUCUGUAGAUUUUUUAUUUUAUUUCUUUCGCCUCCUUUCUUGGGAGAUAAAAAAAAACAGAAAAAUAAAAAAAAUAUAUACAUUAAUUCUUUUUUGGCUUACUGUUAACAGAAAUGAUCAUAUGAUAAUGUAAAAAAUGAAAAAAAAAUCUCCACAUGUAAAUUACAAUUUGUCUCCCAGAUAUAUUUUGUCUUCUCAUACAUAUAUGU